CAAGAUUGUGCAGCCAAGAUCCAAGUCAUCAUGAGUACCGAAGUCACUGUGUACAGCUUCAAGGCUGCGCUGUACUCGCUCGACAAGUCGUCGCAAGAAUGGAUGCUCAGCGACGUUCACGACGAUCCCGUCGCACAGUAUUAUGUGUUUAUGGAGGACGCGGACUUGCCCAAAUUCCGCAUGGUGGGGUGGGUAGAAGACUCUGGCGACGUCGUGCUCAACAACCCACUCACGAAGGAUUGCAUCUGGCUACCUAUGAACGAGUACUUUGUCCAGUUCACGACCUCCGCCGACGCAACGGUCGGGCUCUCGUUCGCCGACCUCGAGCAGGCGCAGGAAGCAUCUACCAUCGUGCUUCGCAUCCUUCAAAAUCUCACUACUGUUGCUGCGGCAGAAAGCAACAACGCGUCGCGUGAGUCUGACAGAGGUCCACACGAUGACAUUUCAAAGACGACGACAGAGCUCAAGGAGUACCUUAAAUUCGUUCGCACGCACGGAGCAUCUUCGUUGGAAUACCUCAAGGCAUGUGCGGAGGCUGUCCAAGUCGUGGACGAUGUCGACACGAUCUUGUCUUCCGAAGCUCUCGAUGCAGUCGACACCAUGCCCAAGCAUCGUUUGGAACCAAGUUUUUUGUCCGAGGAAGACCGUCAAAGCCUUCGGCUGCAAUAUGCUUCCGCCCAACUCAAUCAAACCUUCGUCCCACCGUCCCGACGAAGUUCCGAUGCGUUGCCGCCUGCACCGAUGAAGGAAGCAGACCUUCGACGCGGCAGUGCGCCACUUGGUGCCAUGAUGCCGCCAUCCUUACGUCGGUGCUCGACAUCUCUCCAUAGCUCGCUGUCGUCGUCGUCGCGAUGCAGUUCCCGGCGCCAGUCCCUGGCGAAUUUUGAUGAGGUUGAGCGUGCUGCGAUGGCUGCGGUGGAAGACAAUCUUCAAGAGGAAGAGGUCGAGCCAUGCAGCAGUCCAGCCUUCUUACGUGCAACGUUUGGAUCGUAUACGGGCGUACGUCCCAGGUCUUCAACGAGUACCAUAGCGCCGCUCGACAACGGGACCGUGAUCAGCCGGCCGUACGAAACCAAGCAGGAAAUGCAUGUUACGUUCAAUGCCGUCCUGGCUCGAUACGAGGGCUUGCCAUUGGCGUGGGCAGGGCUAAACAAGCAGUUUGGACUUCCAAUGGAAGCUCUGCCCAAGCGCGUCGUGGAAGGGUAUGACGGAAAGAUCCCGGCCGUUCUGCAAAUGAUGAAGGAGUACCUGGUCCUCCAUGGAGGGCUCGAAACGGAAGGAAUCUUUCGUCUCGCGCCAGACAAGGAGCAGUGCAGUCGCGUCAAGGGCGCCAUCAACAGCGGGUCGUUUGCCGGGUGCAACGACGUCCACAUCGUGGCCAACUUGAUCAAAGUCUGGUUUCGGGACCUGCCCACGAGUCUCUUCAACGUCAUUCCCGAGAAAGUAAUGUACAAAGCAUGCACACUCAAGACUCCCGAAAGCGUGAUGGCCAUGCUCAACGACGUGCCCGAGACGAGCAAAACAGUCAUGCUGUGGCUCUUGGACUUGAUGGCGGGCGUGGUCAAGAACGAAAAGGUGACGAAAAUGAGCUCGAAAAACAUGGCCAUCGUGCUGUCACCCAACCUGUUUAGCAUCGAGUCGGACAACCCGAUGGUGGCGCUAACCAUGUCCCAGAAGGUUGCCGAGUUCACGACCGUCCUGCUGAAUGCGCGGCUCGCUUUGCACCAUGGGUAUGUCAAGUAGCACUCGUGUUGCGAAAUCAACUCCCUUCAUAUUUACAACGUCGCCAGCUUAAUCUCGAUCGCGAAGCGGGUCGUCGUCGGCCAAUUCAUCGGCAUCCUGGUGUUGGGUAGAGGGAAGGAGAUAGCCUCCGUUUUGAUGGGAUUCGUUAAAUAUGUCGCGGAUGUCGUCCUUGGUCA